GAUUUCUCAAGUGUUAGCACUGAUAAGACUUGUGCUCCUACAAGCGCAAAGUCAUGGUACCACUUAUCAGCUGUCUUAUAAAAUUCGUCGUCUUGCGUAACCAUUAGUAUUAGUGAAGUCAUGUUACUGGUCGUUUUACUGGUCUUAGGUACCACCCUUGUGGGUGCAAAUUUGCCCCAAGUCACACUACCCGAUUUAGGGCAACUUGAAGGUACCCAUGGUACUAGCCUCAAAGGCCGUACUUUUCACAAGUUCGAGGGAGUACCAUAUGCAAGACCACCUGUCGGCAAGUACCGUUUCCGGGAACCGGUACCACCAAAACCCUGGCAAGGGGUAUGGCAAGCCAAAACUUUGUACAAAUGUAUGCAAAACUUCCAGUACACGCCACCAGGGGGCGACUUCGUCAUUGGCGAUGAGGAUUGUCUUUAUUUGAACAUUUAUAGCCCCAAUAUUGACCCUAAAGCCAACUUGGACGUGAUUUUUUUCAUACAUGGGGGCUGUUUUAUGUUUAAUUAUGCCGGUUUCCAAGGCCCUGAGUACUUACUGGACCGGGACGUAGUUUACGUCAGUGUGAACUAUAGAUUAGGCCCUUUGGGCUUUUUGUGUACUGAAGACGAAGUGGCACCCGGAAACAACGGGUUAAAGGACCAAAUUUUCGCCCUCCAAUUUGUCAAAAAGUACAUUCGGUACUUUGGUGGUAACCCUGAUUCGGUCACAAUUUCGGGAAUGUCAGCUGGGGGGGCAAGUGUACAUUUCCACUACUUGUCGCCCAAAUCGCGCGGGUUGUACCACCGGGGGAUUUCCCAAAGUGGUACCAUGCUCAACCAGUGGGUACUGACCGAAAAACCGCUCGAAAAAGCCAAAAAAUUGGCAGCUUUGCUGGGGUGUAGUACCGAAAGUAGCGACAAGAUGGUGGAGUGUUUGAAAUGGCGGCCUGGGCGACAGAUUGUCGAAGCAGUGAAGGAGUUCCAGCCUUGGUUGUACAACCCCUACACGCCGUUUGGCCCAGUUGUGGACUCGUGGGCCCAAGACCCGGUACUACCCCAACAUCCUUAUAUUUUAAUCAAGGAGGGGAAAUUCACGGAUUUGCCUUGGUUGGCGUCUUAUACGAGUUCAGAAGGGUUGUACCCAGCUUCAGAUUUUUACAUCGAUGAGCAGUACUUGGAAGAUAUUGACAGGCGUUGGAACGAGAUAGUACCCUUUAUUUUGGAUUAUAACAACACUGUUGAGUCCCAGUUGCGAGACGAAGUCAGUCAAAAAAUACGAAAGUACUACCUUGGUGAUAAGAAAGUUUCAAGGAGUACUUUCAUGGACUUUGUCAAAAUAACCACAGAUCGGGUUUUUGUCGAUGGGGUUUAUAACACAAUCCGAAUGCAAGCACCACUGAUGAAGUCACCCCUUUAUUCGUACUUUUUCGAGUACCGGGGGGCCCACAGUCGCUCCGAAAGUCGCACUGGUACCAACAAAAAUUUCGGAGCUGCACAUGGUGACGAUACAGCUUAUGUUUUCAAAACUAGUGUUGACACAGCAAGUACCGAAAAUGACCAAAAGGUGGUCGAACUCCUAGUUGAUAUUUUCACCUCUUUUGCCAAAAAUGGAGUACCUAAAGUACCACUUGAAUGGCCCCCAGUUUCGAGAAGUACCGACUCGAUAAUUCAGUUAAAAAUCGCAGGUCCGAACGACUUAUCCCUAGUCGAGUCCAAGUUUAAAAAUGGCGAUUUUUGGCGAAGUUUGCCGUUGAUGGAGAACGAAAAACUUUUUGAAAACAGAAAAGACGAACUGUAGAUUAAAAUUUUAUUUUCAAUAAAAAUAAUACAAUUGUU